UUUUUUGAGAAAAUUUUUUAUACUUUACAUGUUAAUCAAUUGUCUCCCUUUCAUUAGUGCGAAUGUCAAUCGAACACACUUUGAAUUACUUCUUAUCAGAUUGAUAAAACUAUACUCCUGGUUCAAUAUUUUCUCAGACAAAAGAAACUUUUAAAUCAUUUAUCCGUCCAUGCAUAUGAUUUGGCGAACUCUUUCAGGACUGACUCUUGAAGAAGGAACAGGAGCAACAAUGUCUGAUGAUGAGGAUGAGCUUCAGUUGGAUGGCCCUUUAGGUAUGACUGUUGAUGGGCAUGAUAUGAUGGGAUUUGGUCCACUUCUUCCUACUGAAUCUGAGAGGUCGCUAAUGGAGAGAGUGAGACAAGAAUUGAAGAUUCAAUUAAAACAGGGUUUUAAAUCAAGAAUUGGAGAUGUAAGAGAGGAGAUACUAAGAAAAAGAAGGGCAGGGAAGCUGCCUGGUGACACGACUUCAGUAUUAAAGCAAUGGUGGCUAUCACAUUCUAAAUGGCCAUACCCAACAGAAGAUGACAAAGCAAAACUUGUCGAGGAGACUGGCUUGCAGUUAAAACAAAUUAACAAUUGGUUCAUCAACCAGAGAAAGCGUAAUUGGCACAGUAACUCCCAAUCAGCAACAACUUUGAAAUCUAAGCGCAAAAGGUAAAAGGCUACAAGUAUACUUUAACAAACUAAUUCAGCAAGGAGCGGAAGAAGAAGGAACAGCAACUUCAAUCUAGUUCUCUUAGCCGGCUACAACAAUGCAUUUUAUGUACUGACUACUUGUAAACGAGAUGAAUUUAAAUUGUUUCAUUACUUGGUCUAUAUGUCACUAAAGUAUUUACUGUGAUUGUGUUAAUUUCUUAUAUCUAAACUUUAAUCAUGUUGUGAGAUAUGCAAAUAGGGUAUGGUCUAUUAACUGAUGUUCAGUGAUUUGCAGCAGCCUUUAUGCUUCAUAAAUAGAAGUAGUUAGUUUUAUGAA